AUGGUGCUUAAUAGUAGAAAAAGCCGCAAACCCUCUAUGUUGGUUCUCUCGCUCGCAGGAACAAUGGAUUUACUACUUUUACUUUUUUUAUUGAGCACAAUAGAUGGAGGUGCAACGAGUGCUUCUUCAUGCCUCGGCAGUGAAGCCUCCAUCCUGCUGCGUGUCAAGGAAGGUCUCCACUUGUCCAAUGGAAGGCUAAGUUCAUGGGGCGGAAAUGAAUCUAACUGCUGCUUGUGUGAGGGAGUUGAAUGCAAUCCCCAAACUGGACGCAUCAUCGGCCUUCAACUUCAGGGUAGAACUACCAGUGAAAGUACUCGUGUUUUCUUGGAUAUUGAUCCUAAAUUGGAAUUCCAUGAGUACAAUGAGCUUAAGGUCAAUGGUCAUGCCGACGCUUGUGAUAUUUCAGGAUCAAGAGUACCUCCGGCUCUUUUUGAGCUCCACCAUCUCCAGCGCCUUGACCUCUGUGACUUCAACGGGUCUGCCAUACCUUCACAGCUUGCCCAGCUCACCCACUUAACCCAUCUUAAUCUCUCCCGUGCUUGGUUUUCUGAUAACUUAGCAUUAGAGGAUCUAGAAGGUUUCGUGAAGAACUUCAAGCAUUUAAAGUACCUGCACUUGGAUUAUGUCUGUAUCGAACUGCGUAACUCACAAACGUGGAGCAUCAGCUUGUCAGCGGCAUUGCCCAAUCUACUGUUCCUUAGUUUAGCUUGUUGUGAUCUUCAUGGCAGUCUUUCUCCUCAUAUUUUCAGGCUCCCGAAUCUUCAAGCUCUUGAUCUAUCGUACAAUGAUCCAAAUGGAACAUUAAUGCCAUCGUUUUUUCCCCCAGAGAGCAAUCUCCAAUUUCUACGUCAUGUAGUGACCAGCCUGUCUGGCCACCUACCAUCUGAACUGUUUGAUCUUCCACUCUUGAAGGUUCUUGAUUUGACUUAUAGAUAUCGUUUGAGUGGUCUACUACCUACCAAAUUACCAAAGAGUAAGCUCCAAAUUCUUAAGCUCCCUAACAUUAUGCUGUCAGGAAGCCUUCCAAAUUGGAUUGGUAACCUUACAUCCUUAGUUGAGCUAGAUCUUUCUGGUACUCAUCUCUCUGGUAGCUUACCUGGCACAAUUGGUAACCUUAGAUGCCUAAGGUCAUUGGAUCGUUUUAAUACAAAUUUGUCUGGCAACCUCCCUACCACAAUAGGAGAGCAUUGA